UUUGGAUUUCGUUCUCUCUCUCUCUCUCUCUCUCUCUCUCUGUUUCUACAGCUUGGAGUAAAAUGCAAGAGCAAGCUGCUGUAAGUUCCGUUGCAGCCAAAUUUAUUCUUUCUAGCAGUGAAAGAUCUUCCAGCUCUGCCCUCCAUCUCGAAGUCAAAGAAGGAAUGGAGAGUGACGAUGAGAUCAGAAGAGUGCCGGAGAUGGGCGGAGAAGGCGGCGCCGCCCCAGCGGCUUCCAGUCGUGAUGGCGUCUCCGCCGCCGGUACGGCUCAGCCGUCUGGCGCCGCUCAAAAGAAGAGAGGCCGUAGCCCAGCUGACAAAGAGAACAAGAGGUUAAAAAGGUUGUUGAGGAAUAGAGUUUCGGCGCAGCAAGCAAGGGAGAGGAAGAAGGCAUACUUGACAGACUUGGAGGCAAAGGUGAAAGAGUUGGAAACAAAGAAUGCUGAACUUGAAGAGAGGCUUUCCACGUUGCAAAAUGAGAACCAGAUGCUAAGACAUAUUCUGAAAAACACUACUGCUGGCAGUCAAGAAGCAAGAAAAUAGGUUUACAGUUGUGACACUAUGAAUGAUAGCAUAGAUAUAAUGUAUUUGUUCCUGUACACAUAUCUACAGUAGAGUAGAGAGUUCUGAUCUUUAGCAGAGGUUACAAAUUCUCCCCAAAAUUCCACCUUGUUUUGUUUUCCCUCAACCUUGUCUGGGGCAUUUCUUCUGUUCUCAAAAUUGUAUCAGCUUCAGCUUAGAAGCACUGUCAAUACAAGAUGAAGUCAUUGAGUCACUAAAUUGAUUAGUUAAUACCCAA